CUUGGACGACCACCCUCUCCACUUGAUGAGAUACUCGAACUUUCCCUGGAAAAUAGCACACCAGCGGUCAGUGUCCGGUAGACAAAGGCGUCAAAGGGCGGCCCGGGGCCUCCGCGGAGCCUCCCGCGGGGGUUGCUUACCUUUCUCGGCCGUUUGCUGAGGAUGCAUUCGGCAUCAAAUACCUGGCCCACCGUGACCCCCUCCAUUGCUCUGAGCAGGACGGCCGGGAAGCGCCUUUUUGUCCACAAACGCCCCCCGUGAGUCCCUCGCCGCCAUGCUGCUUCCCCUGGUCCUCCGACAGUCCCUAUGCCGACCGGCGGCCUCUGCGGUCCCACCGCUGACCUGUCUGAGGUCCCUUCACUGUGACCCCAGAAGGUCGCUCCACUUCCUGCGGCUGGGGCUCCCCCUGCGACCAAACGUUCCGAGCCGUGGAGUCAAAAGCCGGAAGAGGCCGAGCCAGGAGGAGCAGAGGAAGACCAGGAACAAGACGGUGCUCACGUACGUCGCCGCUGCCGGCGUGGGCAUGAUCGGCCUUUCGUACGCCGCCGUGCCGCUCUACCGCCUUUACUGCCAGGCGACCGGGCUGGGCGGCGCGGCGGUGGCCGGCCACGACACGGACCUGGUGGAGACGAUGGAACCCGUGAAGGAGCGCGUCAUCAAAGUGGCCUUCAACGCCGACACGCACGCCAGCAUACAGUGGAACUUCAGGCCGCAGCAGACGGAGAUCUUCGUGGUCCCGGGUGAGACGGCCCUGGCCUUCUACAGAGCGAAGAACCCCACCGAUAAACCCAUCAUCGGCAUCUCCACCUACAACGUGGUGCCCUUCGAGGCAGGACAGUACUUCAACAAGAUCCAGUGCUUCUGCUUCGAGGAGCAGCGUCUGAACCCUCACGAGGAAGUGGACAUGCCCGUCUUCUUUUACAUCGACCCGGAGUUUGACGUGGACCCCAAGAUGGCGCGGGUGGACACCAUCAUGUUGUCCUACACCUUCUUUGAAGCCAAGGAGGGUCAGACGCUGCCUGUGCCGGGAUACAGCUACAACUGACGUGUCACGGAUGACAUGCUGAGGUUCACUUCCUGCUAAAUAUGGGAUGCUAAUAAUGGAAGGUGAACACGGGAAGAACUUUGAUACUAAAAGACUUCAUGGCUUAAUAAUUGCGUCAACAGACCUAGCUAGUCAUAUCAUUUGUGAGUUGAAGAUUAUUAUGAUUAAAUUAUCAUCAAUCGAA